GAGAUUUCACACGUCAAAACGAGUAAAUGCCCCCAUCUGGAUCACUGAAACCCCCAAUUGAAUUUCAGCAUUACAAAUCCCCAAACCAAGUUCAGAGUUCAGACCACCAUUAUUAUUUGCUCAUCUUCCUCCUCCCUUCAAACCCAACCCACCAAGCAAAGGCUACUCCUCUGCAACAAAACACAUUUAAUUUAAAAAAAAAAAAUGGCUGAGAGUGCAGUGUUCCAUCUACUAGCCAACUUCACACCCUUCCUCCAACAAGAGGCCAAUUUGUUGACUGGAGUUCGAGAAGAGAUCCAAUACAUCAGAGAUGAAUUCGAUCGCAUGACAGCUUUCCUCAGAGUUGCCGAUGCUAUGGAAGAGAACAAUCCCGAACUCAAAGUAUGGGUCAAGCAGGUCCGAGAAGCUGCGUACGACAUUGGAGAUGUUCUCGAGUUGUACAUGCUUCGCCUCGGACAUCGUCAUGGCGCUGGUUUUCGCGGUUUUCUUCGUAAGGUUUCUUGCUUUCUUAAGACUUUAAAAGCUCGUCACCAAAUUGCUUCUGAAGUUCAAAGAAUGAAGUCCAGAGUCAUCGAUAUUUCCAAGGGACAUCAGAGGUACCAUGACAGAUAUGGUAUGUCAGAGCAAGGCUCAAGCUCAAGGUCCACUGGUCUUAACACAGCAUGCCAUGAUUAUCGUGGCGAUGCCCUGCUACUCGAUGAAUCUGAGCUAGUGGGCAUCGACAAGCCCAAAUCGCAACUAAUUAGGUGGUUGGUGCAUGAAGACCCCAGACUCAAGGUGUUUUCCGUGUCAGGAAUGGGCGGAUUGGGAAAAACAACACUCGUUAAAAAGGUCUUUGAUGAUGCAGUUGUGAAGAAUCAUUCCCAGAGCCAUGUUUGGAUCACUGUUUCUGAAUCCUUCAAGAUUGAUGUGCUCCUAAAAGGUAUCAUCAAACAACUUUUUGAAGAAAUCAAGCAACCAGUCCCACAAGGGAUGGACAACAUGGAUACCAACAGCUUAAAAGGGAUAAUUAAUGCUUUCCUGCAACAAAAGAGGUAUGUGCUUGUUUUCGAUGAUGUAUGGGAUAUUCAUGCGUGGCAAUCUUUUAGACAUGUGUUUCCUAGUGGCAAUUGUGGCAGUCGAGUAGUGCUCACAACUAGAAAUGCGGAUUUAGCUUCUUUUGCUAGUACAGAAUAUCAUGGCGAUGUCUAUAAUCUUCAGCCCUUGACUCCGGAAGAGUCCUGGACAUUGUUUUGCAGGAAAACAUUUAUGGAGAAUUCUUGCCCUUCACAUUUGGAAGGACUUUCAAAAGCCAUCUUGAAUAGAUGCGAGGGAUUGCCGCUUGCAAUUGUGGCAAUUAGUGGUCUUUUAUCAACAAAGGAUAAGAGCAGUGUGGAUGAGUGGGAUAAGAUCUACCGCAGCCUUGGUGCAGAACUAGAAGGAAAUGACAGACUCCUAAGCAUGAACAAAAUAUUGUCCCUCAGUUACAUUGAUUUACCUUAUUAUCUGAAGUUUUGCUUUCUCUAAUUGUUUUUCCAGAGGAUUGUUUGAUUGACCAUUGGAGAUUGAUUCGGUUAUGGGUGGCAGAAGGAUUUGUAGAAAUGAAAGAAGGAAUGAUGAUAGAAGAAGUUGCCGAGGGCUACCUCAAUGAGCUAAUCAAUAGAAGCUUAAUUCAAGUUGCAACGAGGAGACGAGAUAGAAGGGUCCAAACGUAUCGCAUCCAUGACCUUUGGCGUGAAAUUAUUGUUUCGAAGUCGGGAGAACAAAACAUUAUGACACUAGCCAGUGAACAAAGCAGAGCGUGGCCAGAAAAGGUGCGGCGCCUAUCAAUCAACAAUCAUUGGGAAUAUACACAACAAAGCAAGCGUUUCACUCGACUUCGUUCUUUGCUUAUGUUCAAUGCAACAGAUUCACUGUCCAAGUUGUCCAUUCUAGCAUCGUCAAAUGAUGGUUUACGGCUGCUAACCGUGCUAGACUUGAGAGGUGCCUUGUUGGAGACAUUCCCAAAUGAAGUUUUGAAACUAUUUCAACUCAGGUAUUUAAGUUUGAGGGGAACCAAGGUAAAAAUAAUACCCAAGUCGAUUGGAAAGCUCCAAAACCUGGAAACAAUGGACCUUAAACAUACGUAUGUCACUGAGUUGCCUAAUGAUAUCCUCAAGCUCCAACGACUUCGCCAUAUCUUGUUGUAUCGUUACAUACGAGAUCCAGUUCCUUCAAUUCGUUUUAAAAACCAAUGCGGAUUCAAAGCCCCGACGGAAAUAGGACGUUUGUCAUCCUUACAGAAACUUUGUUCUAUUGAAACAAACCAUGAUAAUGGGACCAUUUUGCUAGGAGAGGUAGGGAAGUUGACUCAACUGAGGAAAUUACAGAUUGAAAACCUGAGAAAUGAAGAUGGGAGGGUGUUAUGCACGUCCCUUGAGAAGCUUAGUAACCUUCGCUCAUUGAUUGUUCGUGCAACAGAAGAAGACGGGAUCAUUGAUCUAGAUUCCCUUUCUUCACCACCUCAACUUCUUCGAAUGCUCUGCCUAGAAGGAAGUUUACGUAAGGUACCACAUUGGAUAGCUUCACUGCACAGCUUGGUAAGAGUAAUUUUACGAUGGAGUAAGUUAAGGGAUGUUGAUCCGCUGGAAUCCCUUCAAGGUUUGCCCAAUUUGGUUGAACUUCGACUUCUUCAGACAUAUGAAGGGGUAGAAUUGUGUUUCAAGGCUGGUGGGUUUCAAAGACUUGAGAAAUUAUACCUUGGUGGAUUAAAAGGAUUGAGAUGGGUGAAAGUGGAGGCUGGCUCGAUGCCUCGUCUUGAAGAGUUAACUAUGGAUGAAUGUGAAUUGGUAGAGGAGUUACCCUUUGGUAUUGAACAUCUAACCAACCUUAAAUCUCUUGGAUUGGGAAAUAUGUCUGAUGAAUUGAUUUUGAGUCUGAACAAAAACUUAGAGCGUGGGAAUAACUGGAAAAUCGCACACAUUCCAAAAGUUUGGAUUGGGGACACAAAACUUGGCUAUUGGAAAAGAAAUUAUCUAUAGAGGGAGGAGAGAGCUCUAAUCAUAUUGAAUCACCACCACAUUUAGAAUGCUUAUUAUGUAUUUAUUUAUUUUCAUGUGCUCUUGGUUUGUUGAAUUCAUAUUGGGAUCAAAUUUUUCUCUUUUUUUUUUUUUU